CGUCGCUGAUCUUUGUUUUUCUGGUACUUUAUGGGUUCUUCUUUGUCUAGAACUCGAGGUGAUUCUGGGGUGGGAACUUCUGGUCAAAGAAUCCCCGAUUCCAACUGUGAUUGGGGAUCCAAGUGCAACUGUCCCAAUAACGAGCAUUCCUACUCCGCCGAAUAUAAAAACAAUCUGUAUUUGGCCCAAAAAGAAAAUACGAGUACUCGAAACUAUUUGGAAGAAUGGUUUCGGAAGAGGGAAGUGGAGCCAGGAGAGGAGGUUGAGUCAAAAUAUGACGAUCGGAAACCCACUCCCUCAGAUCUGCGUUUUUUCGGUGAAGGAGAUUCCGAUGAGGAACCAAGUGGGUCUGAUUCAUUUGAUCUGGUGUAUGUUGGAGAGUGUGAAAAUGAGAAUGGUGAUGCUGUUGGGUCUCCAGGACAACUUUCAUCUGGUUAUCCCUCCUCAAAGAAAGGAGAAAAGGGGAAAAAAUCGGCUUCAGCGUCUGAUGAUGCUUAGAUAAGUCUGUCUCCUUUCUCCCUUUUUUCAUUUUAUUGAAUGUUGGCUAGCUGUGGAGUCAUAAGGUGGAUGCCAACAACUGUGAUCUGUUGUUGGCCAGGGGUGUUGUUGUUUGGAUGAUGAUGUUGUGAUUAGUUGUAUGGAUGUUGAUGUUAGAUAAUGAUGUUAUGAUAUUGAUAUUGAUAAUGAUGAUUGGAUGAUGGUGUUUCCAUAUGGUUAUGAAAUUUUGUGGAAUGUUGUCUGUGUGAUGAACAUGAUUUGAUGGCUUAAUGUCCCCUGUUUUAUGGUAUGUUUUGUGUAUGAUAAAUAUGAUGCUUUGGUGAGUAUGAGAUUUGAUCAGUAUAACUAUGUUUUGGAUUAGUAAAGGCAUGAAAUGAAUAUAAUUUGGGGAUAGGGUUUGAGUUAUUUCAGUCCUCUCAGUGUGGCCUGGUGUUGAAUGCUUAAUGUCCAAGCAUGUCCCUUUAGGAUACAAUAAUGUCCCUUUAUUUAUUGUGAUCGAUGAUGAGUCUUUUUUUUGCUGAGGAACAAGUCCAACUAACCACAAA